AUGCUCCAGGGCCGGAAGUGUUGCACUUUGCCCGGGCCGCCGUUCUGCAUCGACACGAGAUGGUCCGCUUCCACUGUCGCUUUGCUGGUGCCAGUGGUAUGCUUGGCCAUUUUGUUCACCAUUUCCGUUGUGUCAUCCUGGAUCCUCCCGCAGCCUACAAAAGAGCCGGAGCAGAUGACGGAACGUGACGAGGCGCCCGUGAGCCGAGCUGGCUCGAGGACGCCAAGGGUGUCCUGCCGCAGCCAGCUGAAGCAACAGCUGGAGGCAGAGUGGAUCGAACGCCACUGCCUCCGCGUUUUACCAGGUGCUGCGGAGUUUGCCAAUUCGACCUCGAGCCUUUUCGGUGCGCUGAAAGAGUCCUUUGAUUUUCAAAUCGACAGCGUCCGGAACCAGUAUGAGCACCUGCUGUCGCUGUGGCGCUCCCAGUGCGCGAUGGUUGCUGAUCGCUCGAUGGGCGAAGGAGCAUCAAUCAACGAGGGGCUGAUGCUGCAAGAGGCAGUGGAGGAAUUGUACUACGAGAUGAUGGAUGGCUUCCUCCGUUGGCGGGCGAAGCUGGCUGAACACGAACCUGCGGCAGUACCCAGUCUCUCCGAGGAUGAGCCACGCCCUGUGGGAGGGGCGAGAUGGGAGCCGCUUCGAAAAGAUGGACUGGAUCCGGCCACAGCGGCGAUUCUGUCACGGCAGCUCACGGAGAUGGCUGUCUACUUGCUAGUUUGGGGGGAAGCAGGCAAUGUGAGAUUCAUGCCGGAGGCAGUCUACUUCAUCACAGAGCUUGCCUUAGCCGCCAAUCCUGCAGACCUCGAAGAGGUCUAUGGGGUGCCCGUGCCGGAGGCAAGCUUGCCAGGUGCUCCGUUCAGGAGCAACCUCUUCUUGAGUAAAAUCAUCCGACCGAUCUACAACGUGGUGUUUGAUGAGUGGUACCAGUAUGUUGACAUCGAUCACAACUCGCAAAAAGACAAGAAGAAGUUGAAGCCGGGGCUGGACAAUUUCCUGCUUCCAGAUGUGGCAAACUACGACGACUGGAACGAGUUCUUCUGUGACCCGAGCCGUAUGGUGGAAGGGCUGCUGCUGCAGGAUGGUACCCGGCUUUUCGACCUGCAGCAUGAGCGCCGCUUUCUGGCCCUCGCCAGGGUCGAUUGGCAGGUCACAUUGGAAGCAGCCGAAACCAAGACUCACAGAGAGAUCCAUUCGCUGUGGGGCGUGUUUGCAGCUACACAUCGUGUGGUACUGCUGCAUCUCGUCCUGUUCUUCGCGGGGGUAUGUGCUGUUGCUGGCGAUCCAGAGCCAUCCGCGGAUGGAAAUGUGCCGCUGCUGGGGCAGAGUACGCCGGUCCGCUUUGCGGCGGUCGCUCUGGUGGUGCCGCUGCAUGCGCUGCUUUGGGCAUGUGCCCGGUGGCAGGUAACAGGGCGAAUCCUCAGGAUGCAGGCACCCCUUACUUGCAUCGGCCGCAGCAUUUGGAAGACAGUGUGGUGGAUGAUGCCUGUUUUCACUUAUGUUGCCAUUCGAGAUGCGACUUUGGACGAGGAUAGCCAGUUCGGCCUUCCUCUUACGCCCCUCCUCGUUCUGCACUUCGCCCUGUCUGGGACGGGGUUGACCUACUUGCUGCUGAUACCUUCUGGUAGCUGCCUGCGCAGCUGUGGUAGCAACACGGACAAGAUGUGGGAGCUGACGCCGGUCCCCUGUUACAUGCGCAUGGUCCGGUACUUGUUUUGGAUCUUGGUCUUCACCGUGAAGUUCAUGCUGGGCCUGAUUAUUUUUCGAGCCAUGUAUGAUGCAACGGUAGCUCUGCAGAUAGCCCUUCCUGGACGAGAGUCGGUAUCCGAGCUGUCAAAGAUUUACUACAGCACUGAAUGGGGAUCCGACUUCCUCUUGUGGUUUGUGCUGUGGUUUACCACGCUGGUUCUAUUCAUCUCCGACACCCAGUUGUGGUUCACCCUGAUGUGUUCUGUGCUGGGUGUGGCUGCCGUCUUUGUCCAACGCGGCUGCCGAGUCGUCAGCUGGGCGCUCGAGGACUCCGUCGCGAAGCUUCCGGAGCGAUUCUCUCGGAAGGUCUUGCCCUACUCCUUCGCUGGCUCUGAUGGGCGAUCGGGCGAGCAGGUGGCACAGUUCUCGCCUUUUUUCCCAGCAAUUUGGGACAGGAUCCUGGAGUAUAUGCGCUACGAAGACAAGAUAGACAACCACUUGAUGGGCGAUUUAUCCUUCAAGUCUGGUGAGUCCGGCCACCAGGUCUACUGGAAGCAGUUGCGUCAACCAUUGGAAAAGCGGCGGCGCGAAGCCGUCACGCCGGUUGCAGAUCCUCCGGUAGUCACGGAGGAGGCUGACUUUAUGUCAGGCAGCUAUGCGGCCACGACCGUCCGCGAGAAGGCACCUCCCAGGCCCAGACGCAAGGUGAAGGUUCCGGAUAUCUUCCGUGAGAAAACGGCCUUCGAGGUAGGAUUCAAGACCUAUUGCUGUAUGCAUGAUCCGCACUGGCCGAACAACCCGGAUGUGCAGUGGAGGAUCCUGGCUUUGUCCAGGGGCCUCGGUCUCCCAGUGCCCCGUCCAUUCCGGGCUCCCUACUUUCCAGGGCUGACGGUCUGCAUCCCACACUACGGAGAGUCCAUCCUCAUGCUCAAGAAAGAGCUUUUCCAGGGCCGAGAAGAAACGGUUCCACUCAUGGAUUGGCUAGCGGCAAAGUACGAGGAAGAGUUUCUGACGUUCUCAAACAGGAUGCAGGUGAAGUGGGGCGAGAGUGGUUGGCCUGUUGCUGGAAGCCAGUGGGAAGAGUAUACAGAUCAGCAAUGGAACAUGACAGCAGCAUGGGCAUCCAUGCGAAUGCAGACACUUUGGCGAACAGUGGCUGGCAUGUGCCUGUACCAUCCAGCACUGCAGUGCCAUUGGGAG